AUCUCUUUCAUGCAUUUGAACUAACUCGUGUAUCGAUUGAGAAAGGAGAGAAAUUAUUUCUUGUUUAGCAUCUAUUAGCUCUCCUCUGUCGUUCAGUGUAUAAAGGGAGCAAAAUGUAUCCCGUUUACUAAUUGAUUUCUACUCAAACUUAAGGGAAUGGGAUGAAAAUUUGACCUUGACUGGAUUAAUUUAAUUGGUUACUAGAAUAAGUCAUCUCACGUAAAAAUAUAGCUGGGUUUGGUAAAAAGCCGAAGAAUUUUGAUUUAUAUCAUCAUCGUAACGUGAAUCAAUAAACUUUAUUUGUUUUAGACUACUAUUUGUAUUUACAUCGAGUCUCAUUUUUUAAAAAUUACAUAAGAAUUAUGAGUUUUGGGAAUUUCUUGAGACGCAUAUCAUUUGACAGUGAAAAGGUUCAUACCGAUUCAUCAACUACUGAAGGUAAUGAUCCACCUGGGAUGAAUUCAUUUUUCACUUCACCAAGUCGAAUUUUCGAAAGUGUGAAUGCGAAAACAGGUCAUCUAGUAUCAGAUUUAAAUCAGAAAUUAGAUAUCAGUGGCAAACUCGAUUCGAUUAAACAAGUUUCGGUUGGUAAACUGGAGCAUGUUGUGCGUGGAUCUUCUGUGAAUCGAUCAGAUAGUAAAGACGAAACUCAGAAAGAUGACACUACAGAAAAUAUUCCUAGGACGUCCUAUUUUGAUCAAGAUGUCAGGGAUUCGACCAUAAAUGUUUCUUCACAGGCACCUUUUAAUAAUAGAUCUAUAAUGGAUUUAGAUAAAUCACAGACGGAAAAGUUCACGAGUUAUGUUCAUUAUUCACCAAGUUGUGGUUCUCAAAGAUCUGAAGAAUCCCACCUAACAUCAAGUGGUAGUGCAUUGAGACGACAAAGUACACAAAAUACUUCACGUCCACCUAGACCACCUCCUCCAAGCAGUGCAGCAUUGAGUAGAGCUAUGAGCUUGGAUGAAACAAAUCUUUCUGCACAAGUGAAAUCAUCUUCAUUCCAAGAAGACAGAGAUCAGUCAAUAGAUGAGCAGCCAGGUGAUCAAAAAAUAAAAUAUCCUGGAAAGGAUCGUGGUCAUCCGUUCAAAUUAAUAGACGAACCUAGCGCAUCUGUAAUUGAGGAGGAAGAAAACAGUUCAGCAUCUGAAUAUGGUGAAAAUGGUGAUCAGCCAAUUUAUAAGCAGGAAAGAGAAUUAGUACUUACCGCAAACGAUCAAACUAAUUCCACUACGAAGUUAUGUGAGACUCAAAAUAUAUCAACAGAAGAUAAAACAUUUGCUCCUCCAUGUCCAACUCUGAUAAAUACACCUAGUAUAGAAAAAAUUCAAGAAUUUAUGGAUUUAUAUACAUCAGCUUUGAUAAUAGGCCGAUCGGAUUAUUUAAAGAGUAAAGAAAAUGAAUUACAAGAACUAUUGGUUACACCAGCUGGGAGAAUCGCAUUCGUUAAUGCGCUAGAACAAGAGUCUCGUCGUACACAAGGUUUGGUUGAUUUACAAGCAUUACCGAAACUACUUGAUCAAAUAAGUUUACUACUAGUGGAAUGUCAAAAUGCUGAAGACUUUCAACCAGCUAAGAAACUUCUCACUAUAUCAUUGAAGUUUUAUACUUACGAUCCAUCGGUAUCAACGGACAGAACCUUUAUUUUCACGUAUAUCAAAAGUCAACCAAUUUGGCAGUCAUUAAGGUUUUGGAAUGCCUGCUUUUUCCAAUCUUUACAGGAGGCACGUUCAAAGGCAGAGGAAUCAUCAUAUGAAAAGAAUAAAUACGACCAAACUCUGUGAUUCAAACUGCCGAUAGAAUUUGUCAGUAAUUGGGACUUUGAAAGUAGUAAGUCUUCUUUAAACUCAGUCUGAACAUCCAUUUACUAAUUAGUAAAAAAUCCAUCUCGAUUAUGGUUUCUAACUAGUGAAAGACAUGGUUCUUCGGUUUUCAAAAUACUGUUGCUAGGUAUCGAGUUGCAACUGCGUCGUAUCGCUCUCAGCCUAGUAGCAACAUAGAAUACUGCAAUCGAUUUAGUUUAAGUAAUCAUCAUACGAAGAAUUCGCUCUGUACAUAUGAAAAUCCAAAUGCGCUGACAGGUUCCCUUAAGGGUGAAAUGUCUGAUCUAAUUCCCUGAAAUCUUCAUCACUAUAGGUUUUUAUUAUUCAAAGAUUUAUCUCAGCAAAAUUUUAAAGGCAAAUACUAGCUUGGUAAAUGUCCCACUUAAUCCAGCCUGUAGCCUAGUAACCAGAGGAUAAAAAAAGGCGGAACUAGCAAAACUAUUUUUAUCAGGGUAUUAGUUAUUAUCCACUCUGACAAACAACUUACAAACAAACACUUAUCUCCCAAUGUACCUACUUACGUACCUAUAUAUAUAUAUAUAUUAUACAGUUGACAUAUUUUCAACGGAUCUUAUUGAUUUAAUGUAUAUGUUCUAUAUUGAUUAUAGGUUAAGUAAACUAAUUAUACAAUUAGGAGUUAUAAAGAUAUGAAACUUCCAUAUAUAAUUUCUCUUUCAAGGUAUUUUGAGAAAUGUGAUUUUAUUUCCUAAAAUGAAAGUAACUAUGUCCUUGACCUUGAUAGACACUCAUUUAUUUUAGUGUUAUCCAUGAUCUUUCUUUCCUUGAUUAAAUUUUGUGUGUGUGUGUGUGUGUGUUUACCUUCAUUAAUGCCUAGUAAUUUAAAUACAUCAGAAUCUUAAUUAAAACGUAAUUUAUUUCCAAACAAAUAAAAGUGUAUGAAUAUGGAAUAGAAAUAAAUUCCUAGUGUAUGUAGACGGAAAUUAAUUAACCAAGUUAAUCACAUCCUAGCGAAUAAUAAUAAAUCUAUUUACUUAACUUAAAAGAAAAUAAAAGUCAGAACUGAUAUUUAACUCAUCAGGUAACUAGUAAGCUAAGGUAAAGAUAAAUGUUCGACUAGUUUUAUUACAUCUAACUUCUCGUAGGUGAUAUUCUAAGGAAAAACGUUUGUUGGCAAACGAUUAACUCAUGUAUAGUUUUUGUUUUGAGCAUUUUCUUUUAAAUUUUUUUUCCACGUUUAGAAUCAAUAAGGGUAAAUCAGUCGUUUGAUUUUAAGUUACAGAGCAUCACCAUUAAGAUACCACCAGGGUUGCUGUUAGUACUUAACUCAUUAAUGAGUAAUUUGGUGAAUAUGUUGAUGUCUAUAUUGAUGAUGACGAAAAAUAGACUUAAAUACACAUGCGAGUAAAUUGCUCCAUAUUACAAUAUUAGUGCUAGAGCGCUGUUACAUUUAUUUGUGUUUAAUUUUUAACGCAUAAAACCCAGUUGUUUCUUGCAUUGUAAACUCCGAUUUCUUUUACUCAUAUUCCUUAACUUGGUUAUUUAUAGUAUGACAUUAUUUUAUCUUUUCGCAGCAUAAAGUGGUCUAACAUUAUUCAAAUACAGUCUAUCAUUUUUAAGAUGUAAAGAUUAAAGUAACUAUAUUCAAACGGUCCCUCAAAAUGAAUUUGGAAAACCAAUUACUGGUUAAAGUAGCUAACUCACUCGUUUUUGAGUUAAUAAAUUUUGGAUUUUACUUCGAUAAAAGUCAUUGUUAGCUCCCUGUUACAAAGUUGAGUAUUGAUUGGUUUGAGAUUGCUUUUGGACUGAUAUUAAGCUGUGACUAGAACUAGUUUGCUCGAAAUCUUUCCUUGACUUUAAAUUAUACAGUUUCAAUUAUUAUUGCGAUAUAUAUAUAUAUAUAUAUAUAUAUAUAUAUAUAUCCCCUUUGCUUAUGAAUACAAGGUGUGUUAGCACUAUUAUUAUUAAUGCAAGUUUAAUUCUCUCUGAAACUCGCGAAUCAGGCCAUGUCAAAAGAGAAUCAUGAAAUUUAUAAUCUUCAAAGACUGAUAAGAGAUGGAGUGGUUUUAGUGAAAAAUUAUAUUCUCAGAAUACUUAUGAUUACCAUCAUUAUUGUGAUCAAUAUUAUUUACUGAAUAAACAGUUGUUUAGGAUGAGCUAUUGAAUGUGACAAGUUAUUUGUUUAAAUCUGGCAUAUAUGUGCUCUUGAGAAGACAACUGUUUACAGUUUUUCUUUUUCAAAGUCACUGGCGUUAUCACUGUUGUUGAUUUAUUAAAGGAAUAAUUUAAUUAGGAAGAACCAAGUGGUUAUCACACAAUGUGUUGUUCAAAGACUCUAACACUCCUUUACUUUUAUUUCAGCAGUGAAACUUAAUUCUCAACUGUUGCUUGGAUAAUUUCCUAGUCACUUGCCAGUACAGUGGUUGACAUUUUACUAACACUUGCUUAUUAAUCGGAAACAGGGUUAGUAACCUGUUUACAAUUUUUUAAAAUCUAGCACUCUUAGAGCUUUUAAAAAAUUCAUUUCUCUUUUAUUUCAAACGAGAUCCUACUUAGCCAUUUAACUUUUGUUUUAAUCUUCAACACAAUUGUUUAUUAAAAUUUCACAUCAAGAAAAUAUGAAUUUCAUCAUUGAUCAACAUAAGUCGAGUAUGUGUCCAUCAAUACUUGCUUUCUACAUCUUUUGACACUGAACCUAUCCACUUUAAUCAUAUUUUCCCCGCAGAUAUUUCAAGUCGUGAAAAAGUAACACAAAGUUUCUGAAUGCUAGACAUUCAAGAUUAUUAAAAUUCACUUCCACGUCCAUAACUUCAAGUAGACCAAUAUGGGUCAGUGAGUGAUGAGGAUUUGUUUUAAUUUACAUCCUUAUUUGUUUUUAAACAUUACUUCAUUUGUUUUAUUUUUCAAAGUUCAACUAAAGUAUCUACUUCGACAACAUACGAUCAGUUGAAAUCAUAUUUGCAGACAAUGAAUGUGUUCGGUUUGCACGAAACCAUCAAACAAGAAUUCCUCCGAAAACAAGCCGAUCUAUUCAAUUUGAAUGAUGAUGAAAUAAGCUCAUUAUUAUCAGUUAUCUCAUUGGCAGAUUAAACACCGAGAUUGUUAUUGUAAUACGUACUUCAACCAUAUCUCAAUUAAACGAACUAUAUUUAUUAUUAUUGAAAAAGAAACAACACUUAAUUAUACACUGAUAUAUCCCCAUAAAAAUUCAAUUAGUUACAUCUUAUUCAAUACUAUCUGUUUCGUUUCUUAAAUCUUUUUUUAAAAAGAUAAAACAUUCUAUAACAAACUUAAUAAUUUAUGUCAUUUUCCAACUAUUUCAUCCCAUUUUCAUUUUCUGGAUUUGAGUUCAUAUAUAUAAUUCACAAAAGGAUAACUUUUGAACUUGAAACAUUGAUACUAUUAUUAUUGUUGUUACUAUUAUUUUUAUUAUCAAUAUCUGUUAGCAUGUUAAUACCAAUUUUCUACAUUUUAUUUCUUGUGUGUUUAUGUGGACAAACAAGGAGUAGGUAUUUGCACCCUUUUAAUCCGUCCAUCGUCUGUAACCAGUUCUUUAUUUUAAAAAGUCAGUCUCAGGCAUUUGCGCUGGUUAUUUUCCAGAUAGUUGUGUAACAUCGAUCCAUAUUCAAUUUAAUACACAAGUGGAUAUCUUUGAAAAAUAUUAUAGAGGAUCAUGGAUAUAAAUGAAUGCAAGCACGUAUUGAAAGGUAUUUUUCAUUAAUUUAUCUUACCUCGAUAUUAUAAAACUCAUUGCAUAACACCAUCUUAGACUAUUAUUACCUAUUUAUCUUAAUAAAUAUAUGUUUAAAGC